AUGGACUUCAAACCACCAAUGGCACAGCUCAAAGACUUAUUGCAGAUGGUGUGCCGUGACAUGACAAUGACACUGUCAGUGGUUCCGAGAUUGGCAGAGCACCUCUAUGCUGUCAAGACCGAGAGGGAUCGGAUCAAGAAGCAGCAGCUUGAGGAAGCUGGAGAUUUGGCUGGUGCCAACGCUAUCCCGCCACCAGGUGACCCGCCUAAGAAGAAGAAGGGCUUCUUUGAGGAAAUCUCCAAGGAUGAGGACUGUUGCAUUAAGUACGUCAAGGAGGUGCUGCGAGGCUUCAACCACUGCGCCAUGCGUUUGGGAGAGCGGCUGAAGUUUUGGAACAGCUCCUACCAGCCGAUCGUGUCUUCAGACAAGGAUACGUUCAUCAGGCGUUACAAGAAGACUGAGCGAUCCCUGACGAUCGUUGGGCAAGACAUCCAGCGCUACAAGGACGUACAGAGUGACAUCCAGCAGGAGGAGCCCAAGGCACCCACUCAAUGGCCGAACCGACUCUUGGAGUACUUUGAUAGCAACACGAAGACCUUCCACUCCGAGAUCAGUGACAUGGACGAACUCAAGAAUCGCAUCGCCUUAUUGGAGCAGUGCCGCAAGGAUGAUGCAGAAAUGGAGAACAAGAUCAAGCCCAUUGAGGACGCUAGGCCAGUCCUCCACGAGACCUUAGGCUUUGGAUCAGAGGUGGUGCCCUCUGAUGAGGAACUGCAGCGGAAGGCACAAAUGCGGCCACAGAUGGAGACCUUCCGGGAGACUCUGGUAGAAGCAGAGAUUCGCAUCAGCAAAUCCAAGAAGCAGAUGAAGGCAGGCCUCGAGCAAGAUCUUGGAAGCUUUGGGCAGAGCAUCCGGGAUGUCAAGACAGAUUUCGGCCGCCACGCACCAUACAAGAGCGAGGGCCUGACUCCUGAAACGGCCGCCUCGAUGCUACAAAACUACCGUAACCAGAUUGAAGCAAAGAGGAAGCUGGAAGCUGAAUUCCGACCGAAGCAAGAGCUCUUUGGGAUAGAGCCAGCCAACUACAAGGAGUUGGAAUGGGUGGAACAGGAGAUUGAGAAGCUCACGAUGGUUUGGGACAUUCGAGAUGGCUGGAACAAGGAAUGGGACAAACUUCGAUCUGGAAGCUUCCAGUCUCUGAACACAGACGACAUGGAUGAGUUGGCUAUGCAAUUCCUUGGUAAACUUCGGAAGGUCAUUGGAAAGGACAAGAAUGUGCAGAACUGGCAAGUAUAUCAAGACCUGAAGUCUGAUCUCGAAGUCUUCCGCAACAUGAUGCCUGUCAUCACACAUUUGCGUUCUGAUGCCAUGCGCGAGCGACAUAUUGAAGCGAUUGUGAAAGAAGUGAAGGAGGCAUUCAAUCCAAAAGACGCUGGCUUCACUCUCCAACGCGUCAUGGAUUUGGGCCUUCAAAAGCAUGCUGACCUGAUUGCUCGAUUGUGUGACGAUGCGAAGAAAGAGGCGAAGAUCGAGAACGGCUUGGAAGACAUUGCCAGGAUUUGGUCCACCAUGACCAUCGAUGUUGUGGAGCACAAGGGAGACGCGUUCAAAGUACGAAGCACGGAGGAGCUUUACCAGGCACUGGAUGAGAACAUCCAGGCCUUGUCCUCCUACAAGAGCUCUCCCUUCUAUUUGCCUUUCGCGCCAAAGGUGGAAUACUGGGAGAAGACCUUGGCUCACAUUUCAGAAGUUACUGAAUCCAUUCAGUCAGUUCAGAAGUCCUGGAUGUACUUGGAGAACGUCUUCCGUGGCUCGGAAGAUAUUCGACCUCACUUGCCCGAUGAGUCCAUUAUGUUCGACGAUGUGAACGAAGGAUUCAUCAACAUGAUGAGGAAAGUUUAUCAAGAGCCAUUGGCAACAAAAGCAUGCACGCAGCCGAAGAUGCUAGAGAACCUGCAGUCAUUCGAGGCCUCUUUGGAAAAUAUUCAAAAGAAGCUUAACGACUACUUGGAGAAGAAACGGCAGUUCUUUCCUCGCUUCUACUUCAUUUCCAAUGAUGACCUGCUUGAGAUUUUGGGCCAGGCUCGCGAUCCUGAGCAAGUUCAAAAGCACGUCAAGAAAUGUUUUGAAGGUGUAAAGUCGUUGGAGUUGCAGCCACCGGCACAGAAUCGCAGAUGGGAGGCAGUCGGCCUCAACGCCCCAGAUGGCGAGAGGGAGAAGUUGGUGGCGCCAGUGAAGCUUGAGGGGCCAGUGGAGGUGUGGUUGGGCUUGGUGGAGAAGCGUAUGUUCGAAUCUCUGAAGGCGCACCUUGUCAAGUGCCACAACAUGAACAUCAACCCCAAGGCAAUGAAGAAAGAGAAAUGGGUGAAAGAGUUCCUUGGCCAACUCCUGAUCACAUCUGGGCAAAUUGCUUGGACCACAGACUGUGCAGCAGCACUGGGUAAAGUGGAGAAGGGCCAGAAGAAUGCGCUGAGGAUGCUGAAGAGGACACAGAGUAAAUAUAUUUCGAAGCUCUGCGAGAUGAUCCGAAAACCUUUGACCAAGAUUGAGCGCAACAAGCUGGUGGCACUUAUCACAAUUGAAGUGCAUGCAAGAGACGUACAAGAUCGCAUGAUUAACCUGAAGACAGAAUCGCCCAGCAACUUCAAUUGGACCUCCCAGCUGCGCUUCGAGCUGCGGGACAGUCAGGAGGACUCCUCUGGUGGUCAGCCGGUGCAGACAUGCGUAGUUCUGCAAACCAACACAACGGCACCUUACGGCUACGAGUAUCAGGGCAACAACGGCCGUUUGGUGGUGACACCCAUGACUGACCGCUGCUAUAUGACUUUGACCACUGCCAUGCACCUGAAGCGAGGUGGCGCACCUGCAGGCCCUGCAGGCACAGGUAAGACUGAGUCAGUGAAAGACUUGGGCAAAGGCAUGGCGAUGUACGUCAUUGUUUUCAACUGCUCCGAUGGCUUGGACUACAAAUCCUUGGGCCGCAUGUUUUCGGGUUUGGCACAGUGUGGCUGCUGGGGCUGCUUCGAUGAGUUCAACCGCAUCGAUGUCUCUGUGUUGUCCGUGGUUGCAGUGCAAAUCAUGACCAUUCAGAAUGCCUUGAAAGAAGAGAAAGACAAGUUCCUGUUCGAGGACAUCCUGAUUAGCUUGAAGAGAACUUGUGCGGUCUUCAUCACGAUGAACCCCGGUUAUGCUGGACGUUCAGAGCUGCCAGACAAUCUGAAGGCAUUGUUCCGACCAGUGGCGAUGAUGGUCCCAGACCUUGCCAUGAUCAUGGAAAUCAUGCUGGUGUCAGAAGGCUUCAAGGACUUCAAGAUGUUAGCCAAGAAAAAGUUCACACUUUACCAGAUGAUGCUGCAGCAGAUGUCCAAGCAGCAUCACUAUGACUUCGGACUACGAAACAUCAAGUCCGUUCUGGGAUGUGCAGGUGCUUUGAAGCGCAAGGAGCCAGAUAUGCCAGAGCAAAUCCUUUUGAUGCGCGCAAUCAAUGACAUGAAUGCUCCCAAAUGGGUGUCACAAGAUGUUCCUCUUUAUCAAGCACUUCUGAGCGACAUUUUCCCAGGAGUGGAGCUUCCUGUCCCUGACUAUGGAAAGCUGGAGGAGGUGAUCAAUCAGGUUUUGGAAGAGAUGGGAUGCCAAAAAGUCAAGCAUUCUGUGGCAAAGUGCAUCAGCAUCUACGAGACAAAAAUCACCCGCCAUGGCAACAUGCUGGUGGGCGGAACGCUUGGUGGCAAGAGCGUGUGCUGGAAAACUUUGGCAAAGGCCAAGUGCAUCCUGAAGUCCAUGGGUCAGGAAGGCAUGGAGAAAGUUAUCUUUGACAUCAUCAAUCCAAAGUCAAUCACCAUGAACGAACUGUACGGCGCCUAUGACGCAGCCACAAUGAUGGAAUGGACCGAUGGUGUCCUGUCCUCGAUUAUGCGGCGCAUGUGCCAGGACGAGAAGCCGGACGAGAAGUGGUUGGUACUGGAUGGGCCUGUGGAUACUCUUUGGAUUGAGUCCAUGAAUACAGUGCUCGACGACAACAAGGUCUUGACGCUGAUCAACGGAGACCGAAUUUCAAUGCCUCCGAUGGUCCGGCUUCUUUUUGAGGUGGCCGAUCUUGCCCAAGCCUCGCCUGCCACCGUUUCCCGUGCUGGCAUGGUGUAUUUUGAUCCGCCAGACCUGGGAUGGGAGCCAUAUUUCAAGUCUUGGGUUGAGAACUUCAUUCCAGCCAACAGACAGACAGAUGUGAUGAACCUGGCAGAGAAGUGGAUUCCCAAGUGCCUCAAGAUUCGCAAAAACUGCGUUGAGCUUGCACCUAUCGUCGAUACCAAUGCGGUCAUGUCGCUGACUCGAUUGUAUGAGACAUUCGCGCCAAAAAUUGACAUUGAAAGCUUUGGAGAAAAGACCCUGGAAGCUUUGGACAAGCUGUUUGCAUUCUCCUUGAUCUGGUCAUUGGGAGCUUCCAUUACAGAGGCAUCCAGGCCGACCUUCGACCAAUGCGUGCGAGAAGUGGAGAAUUACUUCCCGGCGUCUCAAUCGAUCUACGAUUAUGCCUUCAACUUUGAGAAGGCGGACUUCGCACCCUGGGACGAGAAGCUGCCAAACCCCUUCCGGCCAGAGGAAGGAACCCCGUUCCACAAGAUUGUCGUGCCUACCACGGAUACCAUCCGAAAUCUCUUUAUUUUAAAGUCGCUGAACUCCAAGCAUUUCCACAGCCUUUUGGUGGGUUGCACUGGCACGGGCAAGACAAUCGCUGUUCAAGAGGCCAUCGCCGGGUUGGAAGAAACUUCGUGGACAUCCUUGACAAUCAACAUGUCAGCUAUGACGUCUUCAGGCAAGACGCAAGAAAUUAUUGAAAGCAAGAUCGAAAAGAGAAUCAAGAACAAGUUUGGUCCUGCUGGCAACAAGCGCAUGCUCAUGUUUGUGGACGACUUGAACAUGCCGAGGAAAGACACCUUUGGCUCACAACCACCUUUGGAACUUCUGCGGCAGUGGAUCGACUAUGGUUGCUGGUAUGAUCGCCAGAAGCAAACCCUGAGGUAUGCAGAAGGCAUUCACAUGGUCUCUGCUAUGGGACCACCUGGCGGUGGCCGCGCUGUGAUUUCUUCACGCUUGCAGAGCGCAGCCAACAAUCUUUGCUUUGUCAAUCCUGCCGACAGCCAGAUCAAGCGCAUUUUCAUGACGUUGGCCAGCAACAAGCUGAACACGUUCCAAAGCGAAGAGAUCAAGGCGCUUUCUGAGCCUUUGACAAUGACCACCAUCAACAUCUACACCCAAGUGAUUGACGGUUUUCUGCCAACACCUGAGAAGUGCCACUACCUCUUCAAUUUGCGGGAUAUUGCGAAGAUUUUUCAAGGGAUCUACUUGGCAGAUACUAAGGUCCACGAACAGAAGGAGCAGAUUGUCCGUCUUUGGUACCAUGAAUGCUGCCGUGUCUUCUGUGAUCGCCUCAUCAACCACGAGGAUCGUGAGAAGUUCCGGAGCCUACUUGACGCCGCAAUGGACAAUGGCCUCCAAGUAAGGCAGAAAGAGAUUGACGGUGGCGAUCCGGACUUUGUGUUCGCAUCCUUGGAUUUGACCAAUCCAGAAGCAGAAGAUGCCGUCUAUGACUACAUGCAAGACCGCAAUGGUGACUCAGGCCUCAAACGGUUCAUGGAAAGCAGGAACGAGGACUCCUAG